AUGGGAGAAGUUCCUCAAGAUGUUGUGGAAGAAAUACGAGAACUUUCAGAGAGCGUGCCGGGCUUGAAAUCGCGAUACAAACUUUUGGACAAGAUCGGCGAAGGAACGUUUUCUUCGGUGUAUAAGGCAGAAGACUUGACGGGCAAAGUUGUCAAGCGAUUUUCACGUCAUUUUUGGGACCUUUCGAGUCGGCAGGACAAACGUUAUGUUGCUUUGAAAUGGAUUUACGUUACCUCAUCGCCUACCAGGAUCUACAACGAAUUGAAUCUUUUAUACAGAUUGUGUGGAUCCACACGAGUGGCACCGCUGUGUGAUGCACUGCGACACCAGGAUCAAGUAGUUGCAGUUCUGCCAUGGUAUCGACACGAAGAAUUUCGAAAUUUCUAUCGCGAUUUACCGAUAAAAGGCAUCAAAAAAUACAUGUCAGAGCUCUUACAAGCUUUGGGUUACGUGCAUUCCAAGGGCAUCAUUCACCGUGACAUAAAACCUACAAACUUCCUGUACAAUCCCCAGAUAGGGUGUGGCGUUUUGGUAGAUUUUGGGCUUGCAGAGAUGGAAAACGACAAUACACGCGACACACGAAACGCCAAAGAUUUGCGAUCACUGGAAAACUACUGCCCUUGUAACGCGAAUGAAUCUCAUGGCACUACAGGGUCACAGUCUGCAUUUUCCAAGAACAAAUAUCCAGUCGUUACACCCAAUGCUACCCCCACGUUAGUGGAUUUAACCAAAGGAUAUCCCAAAUACGAAACACGCCGUAACAAACGUGCUAAUCGAGCUGGUACUCGAGGGUUUCGUGCACCGGAAGUAUUGAUGAAGUGCCCUAAUCAGUCCACCAAGAUAGACAUCUGGUCGGUGGGUGUUAUACUAUUGAGCUUCCUUGGAAGGCGGUUCCCCAUGUUCCAGAGUCUCGACGACACAGAUUCUUUGCUUGAGCUGUGUUGUAUCUUUGGAACCAACAAAAUGAAGAAAUGUGCUGCGCUGCACGGGUUAGGUUUCAAUGUUAGUGGGCUCGAAGGCAUAAGUGAAGAAGGCUACAAGGGUGGUCUCGCAGAUUUUAUUCAAGAGCUGCUACGAGCGGAAGUGGAAGCGGGGACAUUUCCCAGCUAUUCUGUUGCAUUUGAAACGUACGAGUACUUGGACAGCAGAUCCUCGGGCGAUAGUAUUGCUCCCUCACUUCGACGUCAAGGUCCAGAUUACAUGGCUGAUCAUGAAUUGAAAAAAUACCAUGAUGAAGUCUGGAGUGAUCACUAUUGGUGUUUGGAGGUUCUGGAUCAGUGUCUGACACUCGAUCCUCAUAAGAGAAGUACUGCUGACGAGCUGCUUUCAUCCACUUUUUUCAAUGAGCUUGUUGACUCGGACGUCACGGAAGAGAAUGAAGAUGAAGACGAUAUUCUUGUAAUCGAAAAAUAA